AUGAGAGUCCCGAACGGCAUCCCCCCCGAGCAGGACAGCGGCACCCCCGACUACAUCAAUGAGGCCGUAUUCCGCCGCAAUACCCUCCCCCCUAGGUCCUACCACAUUCCGGAUACCUCCCUUGCCCUCAACGGCCGCUGGGACUUCUACUACACGUCGAGCCCCCUCAAGGCUCCCGAACCGACUCACCCCGCGUCCUGGCCCCCCCUUGCCGACGGCGAACAGUGGACCACCAUCCAGGUCCCGGGACACUGGCAGCUUCAAGGCCACGGUAUCCCCCACUAUACCAAUGUGCAGUACCCCAUUCCGGUCUGCCCGCCUCACGUCCCGACCGAGAAUCCUACGGGGACCUACCGUCGGAGCUUUCAUGUACCUCCGUCAUGGGACCGCAGCUCUCAGCUAAGACUGCGUUUCGACGGCGUGGAUAGUGCGUACCAUGUUUGGGUCAACGGGACACUGCUUGGGUACGCCCAGGGAUCCCGUAACCCGCACGAGUUCGAUGUGACUGCCCAUGUGGCGAGGGACGGGCCCAAUGAGGUGUCUGUGAGGGUGUAUCAGUGGUCUGAUGGGUCGUAUAUUGAAGACCAGGACCAGUGGUGGCUAUCUGGAAUCUACCGAGACGUUCACCUGAUUUCACUGCCGUCAGAGACUAGGAUCGAAGACUGGUUUGUCCGGACUGACCUCGACAGUGAGUACAAAGACGGGACCCUGGAUGUCGCCGUCGACGUCGUGACCUCCCAGUCCGCUACCGUCACAGCAACACUCCGGAAGCACGCUCGAGAUGGAGGCGGGGUAGUUGGUACCGCGAAACAAGAAGUCAACAGUGAAGGAAAAGUCCAGCUAAGCAUCCCGACCGAGUCACCCUUGAAGUGGACCGCCGAGACACCCCAUCUCUACGCCGUGGAGCUAUCCAUCGCCACGUCCGCCGACGCAAAGAUCCAGACAGUGCAUCAAAACAUUGGUUUCCGCAAAGUCGAGCUCAAGCAAGGCCUCCUCUGCGUCAACGGCAACCCCAUCAAGCUCAGCGGCGUCAACCGACACGACCACCACCCCCGCUUCGGUCGCGCCGUCCCUCUCGACUUCAUCCGCAAAGACCUGCUCCUCAUGAAGACCCACAACAUCAACGCCCUCCGCUGCAGCCACUAUCCGAGCGACCCGCGUAUACUCGACCUGGCUGACGAGCUCGGCCUGUGGGUCAUGGAUGAAGCCGACCUCGAGUGCCACGGUUUCUACGACGCCGUGGCCCGGCCCCUAGACAUCCCCGAGGAGAUGGACUACGAGGAGCGUAAGAAACUCGCCUUCCCCCAAGCCGCCAAGUACACCAGCGACAAUCCUUCAUGGAAGGCCGCCUACGUCGAUCGCAUGGAACAGAUGGUGGCGCGCGACAAGAACCACCCGUCCGUCAUCAUCUGGUCGCUAGGUAACGAGGCCUUUUACGGCCAGAACCACAAGGCCAUGUACGACUAUGCUAAGGAGGUCGACCCGGGUCGGCUGGUGCACUAUGAGGGGGAUGCCCACGCAGAGUCGGCGGAUAUGUACUCGUACAUGUACCCGUCCGUUGAGACCUUGAUCAGACAUUCCAAGACGGAGGGUGUCAACCCAGACGGCACGUUUGAGAAGCCCAUCGUUCUUUGCGAGUAUGCGCAUGCCAUGGGUAACGGGCCCGGCUGGCUGGAGGACUACGAGGAGGCUUUCCGGACGUACCCGCGAUUGCAGGGCGGGUUCAUCUGGGAAUGGGCUAACCAUGGUCUGUGGAAGGAAGACGCUGACGGCAAGGCUUACUUCGCCUAUGGUGGUGACUUUGGAGAUGUACCGAAUGAUGGCACGUUUGUGAUGGAUGGCUUGCUGCAUAGUACCCACGAACCGACACCCGGCCUGAUUGAGUUCAAGAAGGUAAUUCAGCCGGUCAAGUUGGCAGUUGAGGGUAGGGAGCUCGUUAUUACGAACCUGUACAACUUUGUUGGAUUGGAGCAUCUUACCGCGACGUACAAAGUGGAGCAGUUUGGUGAAAGCACAACUCUUCUCGCUUCUGGUGUUUUGGAUAUCCCCGAGAUCAAGCCUGGCACAACCGGCAGAAUCCCCCUUCCGGCGACAUCAAACAGCUUCAAGGCCGCAGCCAACGCCGAGAUUUUCCUGACGGUCUCUUUUGCUCUCAAAGUCGGCACCUCCUGGGCCGGUGCCGGACACGAAAUAGCCUGGGCCCAGCGCCGCCUCGCCGUCGCUGACCUCGCUGCCAACACAAAAUCGCCCAAUUCUCCUUCCCAUCCCUUCAGUGUUGAGGCCACCAACAGCGACAUCACCAUCACCAGUCCCAACUCGAGCUUCAAAUUCGACAAGACACGCGGCCACCUUACCAGCUGGACCGUCAACGGCACCCGCCUCCUCGAAAGCGACCCCAUCACGGGCGCGGCCAUCACCCCCGCCUUCUGGCGCCCUCCCACCGACAACGACCGUCCCAACUCUCUCCCCUACUGGCGCCGCUUCGGCGUCGACGCCCUCACCUCCCAACUCCGCGCCACAGACCUCACCACCACCAUCCACAAAUCCACAUCCACCGAAGGAGGAGACCAGCCUAAAACAGACCAGUCCAAAGCAGACGAAGUCAAAAUAACCUUCACAACCUACCACACCCCACCCAUCCUGGACUGGGGCUACCUCUCCAAAACAACCUACACCAUCACCUCCACCUCUUCCUCUCCAACCCUCCACAUAAGCACCCACCUCACCCCGCACGGCUCCCACCCAACCCACAUCCCCCGCGCCGGCUUCAACCUCCGCCUCCCCCGCGCCCUCAACCAAGUAUCCUACCACGGUCUCGGACCAGGCGAGUCCUACCCCGACAAGAGCGCCGCUCAGCGCGUGGGAGUAUGGGGACAGAACGGGGAGCCGGGGUUUUCGGUUGAGGAAAUGCAUGCACAUUAUGAGGUGCCGCAGGAAGGGGGGAAUAGGAUGGGGACGAGGUGGGUGAGGGUUGAUAAUGGGGAGGGUGGAGGAGGAGGAGGGGGUGCGGGAGUGAAGGUCACACGGUUAGUUGGUAGUAACGGCAAUGAGGAGGAGGAUGGGUUUAGUUUCCGGGUUAGUCGGUUCCGGGAUGAGGUGGUGGAUGCGGCGCGGCAUCCGUGUGAUUUGGGGGAGGGGGAGAAGGAGGAUGCUACGCUGUUGCGGUUGGAUGGGAAGGUGGCGGGUGUUGGGACGGGGGCGUGUGGGCCGGCGGUGAGAGAGGAUUUGAUGGUGAAGGUGGAGGAGAUGGAGUUUGGGUUUACUUUGGAGGCUGUGGGUGUUUAG